GUGGUAGAAAUGAGAGGGAGAGAAGCGAAAACGAGCAACUUGAAGUGAGGCAUUGGAAGGACCCAGGAGAGAUGGAAAAACGUCGUACCGGGGGUGUGGAGAAAGAACGGAGUCAGGCAGAAGAGGAACCUAAGAAGUACGGUGAAGGAGGUGAUGAGGAGAAACUUGCUCGUGAGGAAGGGAAAAGCAAGGAGGAGGAGGAUGAGCACCACACCCCUAUUCAAGAGGAGAGGCUUCCUAUGGAAGAAAAGGAACGCCAUCAGGAAAUGAGAAGAGAGGGGGAGAGGAGCUACCCCAGUGAAGAAGAAAGCGAAGAGAGCGAGCAUCACAGCGAAGAGGUGGAGCAUGCUGUUCUCAACACCAAGUCCCACCCUGGAAGCACAAGCACAGAGGAGUUCCCCCACGGGCCUGAUCAGGGCUCCGCGGGCCGCUGGCGCUCAGGUGAGGGAGUGCAGAGCCCUUACAAAAGAAUCCAUGAAGGUGAAGAGGGAGAGGCAGAGGAAGAAAGAAGUGACAAAUACUACCAUGAGUCUGAGGAACAUGAUUUCUCCCAUCAGCAAGAGCGUGAAGAAUCUCAAGGGAGUGAAGAAGCAGAGGAGAAGCAACCAUACAAACCCAAAUGUUCCCAUGGGAAGCACAGAAUGGGUGACCCCUCUGAAGAGGAGAGGGGCUGUGGUGGUGAGAAAGAGGAAAUAGCGGAGGAAUCAAAGACAGAGGAGGCCCAUCUCUGGGACAAAAGGAACCGCCAUCAGAAACAUCAUGAGUUUGAGCAGCAGCGUGAGGAGAAGAGUGGUUAUCAUGGGAAGCACGGGCCUGCAGAGGAGGAGGAGAAGAGGCGUGUGGACCAGGGAAGUGAGGAGCACAGAGAAAGGUGGCAGCAGAGUGAAGAGAGCAGCGAAGAAGAAGAAAACAAGAGGCAUCGACACAGUGAAGAAGGUAACGAGAAAUGGCGUGAGGAGAGGAGCCGCCAUGAUGGCUCGCAGGAGGUGAGGGGGUACCGUUCGGAGGGAAGGACGUAUCUUGGAGGUGACAGUGAGGAAGAGCUGGACAGGUAUCUCAGCAGAGACAGCAAGGAGAAGCAGCAGCAUGCUGGAGGGAGAUACCGCCUGUGGGACAACGAAGAUGAAAGGUCACUGAAAGCGCACGCUCAGGAGCGCCAAGGGCAGGCCAGAAGACCCUACAGCCCUGAGGACAGUAUAGGGCAGCGCUAUCCUGGCAACAGUGAGGAGGAGGAAGCAGAAGAGGAGCAUCGCAGCAGCGAUCAGAUGGAAAAUGAAGAGGAGAAUAUGGAGGAGGGAAGAUACGCAGAGAGGGAGGAGUACAGAAGCCAUCUUCCUGCAGAGAACGAGAAGAGAAUGCCAGCAUCCUACAGCCCUUUCUACCCACUGCUGUGGUGGAAAAACCAGCGCUCUGGGAAAAGGGACAGCGCAGGAAAGCAGCUUCUGGAGGGCAGGGAGGAAGGCAGACCCACCCUGAACAAGAAGAGGUUUUUCCCUUACUAUAAUGACUAUGAAUGGUGGGAGAAAAAGCAAAUCCUAAGUGCUCUGAACCACGGACAAAGCAAGAAAAGGAGUCUUGGCAAAAUGAAGAGAUACGAUAUGAAAAGGCAAUACAACAAGAAGGAUCAACUUGCACAACUUGCAGAUUACAGGAAGAAAUCAGCUGAAUUCCUAGAGUUGUACAAUUCUGGAGAAGACAUGAAAAAACGUCAUGUAAUCGGGAAUGACAGAGGGAGUCUGAGACAGAGGCCUCUAACAGAAGAGAAGGAAAAAGAACUGGAAAACCUGGCCGCUAUGGAUUUGGAGCUGCAGAAAAUCGCCGAGAAGUUUAAUGGCAACGGGAGAGGUCGAAG